AUGGGUAAGAACAAGAAGAAGCGAAAGGACAACGCGCCUCAUGCCAGAAGGCCAGCACCGAGCGAAAGACGACAGAAUCAGGUGCCCGACCAGAGACAUCGGGUUGUCUCCAAAGAGGCCUUGAAAGAACGUGAGCGACCGCAGACAGACGUCACCUACGGUCAAAUAGGCGCCUUCCCAGGACUGGACCCACGCGACAAGGAUCUCUUCUAUGGUCCUGCGAAUGACGGUCUUGACUAUCUACGUAUGGUCAGAUCUGAAGCACGCGGUAUCCCGCACAUCGUUCGCGCUCCGCCUCCCAAACCGCCCCAGCCUGUUGACUACGAGGACGACGACUACGAAGAACAUAUUGACGAUUAUGACGGCUACUACGAGGAGGAUGAAGAGGAAGACGAAGAGGAAGACGAAGAGGAAGACGAAGAUCAAGAUGGCUGGUACGAAGACGGUGCUUAUGUGGCUCCUUCGAUCGCCGCUCCUGUUAUAGGUCCUAUCCAACCAGGGAUGAAGGCCCAGGAUGCCUUCUACGACUCCCUGAAGACACGCUUCGAAAUCCUGCGUCGCAAUCUGAGGGCGUCGCCGUCUGUUCAAGCCGUCCAAACUCUCGAUGAUCAACACCCCAUCUCUCUUCCUUUUGGUAAUAAGAUGGCCGACAAGGAUUGGAAGUACCACCUUUUAAACACGACUCCGCUUCCUGCUCAACUCGCUUCCCUCGAUUCUCCAUCUAUCCUUCGCUUGCUGAAGCUUGUUGAAGGCCAACUAGAAAACUGCCGCAAAACAAACAUUCCGCACAACGUCGGCUUGUGGGCCUGGUCACUGUUGGCCAAACUGGACGAUGUUGGCUUGUUGCAGACUAAAGAGGUCAGCGUAGUUCGAGAUUUGGCAAAAAUGGCCAUCUGGAAUGCUGUUCAGCACGAAGAAGGCGAGGUUGUCGAUGCAGACCAAGUAGAUGCUACCGAAGCUGGUGCAUCACCUGUUGAGAAAGUCGAGGCUGCAGUAGAAGCACAGAUCAAAGAAGAGAUCACAUCAGCACAGGAUGACCAAGGAGAUGCUCCCAUGGAUCUGGGUUGUGAAGACCAACUUCUGGAUGCCAUUGCUGCUAAGAAGCGUGAACUACAGACCGAAGCUGAAGUCAAAGAAGAGGAACAAAAGCAAGAGGAGUUCCCUGACACUAACACGUGUGUGACCAUUGACAUGCUUGUCACAGUGGCCAGCGAGUUUUACGGUCAGAAGGAUCUUCUUGUUGGUCGCUUAGCAUGGGAACACCCUAUCAGCUAA